AUGGGGUCAGACCAUUGUCCUAUUUUAGUUGAAACUUCUUCUCGCCUUAUUGCUGGGCCUAAACCAUUCCGGUUUGAGGCUGUUUGGGCAGAGGAUCUUGAGUGCGAGAGUAUGGUGCAGCAGGGCUGGGAUUUAGCUAGUAAUGGGGAUAACUUGUCUAGAUGGGUUUUGAGCCUCAAGUCUUGUGAAUUGAAGCUUCGAAAAUGGAGCAAACUGAAGUUCAAGGAUCGCAGGUUUCAAAUUGAUUUUCUUUAUGGGGAGUUGAAAGGGUUACAAAAUUUUAUGGAGGAUGCUGAUGUAAGGGUGCAUGCAGAUACUAUUAUUUCUUCUAUUGAUUCCUUGUGGGAGUUGGAAGAGAUUUUCUGGCACCAACGGUCUCGUGUAAAAUGGCUCACUUCUGGUGAUUCUAAUUCAAGAUUCUUUCAUAUCUCUACUCUUCAAAGGAGGCAGUAUAAUCGAAUUUUGAGACUCAAGUCAUUGUCGGGUAAUUGGUUAGUAACUGAACCUUCCAUUCAUCUAGCUUUUGAUGAUUAUUUUCGGAACUUAUUUAAAACUGUUGGUCCCCGUGAUUGGAGUAAAGUUCUCUUGUGUACUCCUUCUAUUGUGUCUGCGGAUAUGAAUGACUCCUUGACUCGUCCCCUGAGUUUGGAUGAGGUACAAGCUGCUGCGGCUCAGUUAGGAUCCCUUAAGGCACCGGGGCCUGAUGGCUUCCCCGGCUUGUUUUACCAACGUUAUUGGUCUACUGUGAGUUCUGUAGUGAAUGAUUCAGCUUCUGAUUUCUUCAAUUUUGGACAUCAAAUCGUUAAUUUGAAUAUGACGCAUAUUGUUCUGAUCCCAAAGAUCCUACAUCCAGAAGAAUUGGGGCAAUUUAGGCCUAUUAGUCUAUGCAAUAAUAGUUAUAAGCUUUUGGCAAAGAUUUUAGCGAAUCGAUUGAAGGUUAUCCUUCCAAAUAUCAUUUCUUCACACCAGAAUGCUUUCGUUCCCCACCGUCAGAUCCAAGAUAAUGUUCUUCUGGCUCAUGAGGCAUUCCAUCACUUGCGAUUAAAAAAAUCAAUAUGUAAGUUUGAGUUGGGCCUGAAACUGGAUAUGAAUAAAGCAUAUGACCGUAUUGAGUGGGAUUUUUUGCAGGCUAUGAUGUACAAGAUGGGAUUUAAUGACCAAUGGGUUUCUCUGAUUAUGAGGUGUGUGAGCUCCGUUUCAUUUGCUGUGAUGUUAAAUGGAAAAGUUGGGUCUCAGUUUUGCCCUUCUAGGGGUCUCCGUCAGGGUGACCCACUUUCUCCUUACCUGUUUCUGCUUGUUAGUGAGGCUUUAUCUAAUAUGAUCAGUUACAACAGCUCUUUGGGUCAGCUUCAAGGAAUUUAUCUGCAUAAUCGUUGUCCUAUGUUGACCCACUUGUUCUUUGCUGAUGAUUCUAUUUUCUUUCUAGCUGCUACAAAUCAUAAUUGUGUUGUGAUGGAGGAAAUAUUGUUUGAUUAUUGUUUGGCUUCUGGGCAAUUAAUCAAUCUUGAUAAAUCUAAUAUUUUUUUCAGCCCUAAUACCCCUUUAUGGGUUAGAAAGGAUUUAUGUUGGAUUUUUGGGAUCAAAGAAGCAGACAAUCCUGGGAAUUAUCUAGGUUUACCUACUAUUUGGGGAAGGUCUAAGAAAGAGGCUCUUAAUUAUAUUAAAGAGCGCAUUUUGGGGAAAGUCCAAGGUUGGAAGCAAAAACAUUUAUCACAAGCUGGUAAGGAGACUUUGAUAAAGGCUGUUCUGUUUGCUAUCCCUUCUUACCCCAUGUCGUGUUUCAAACUUCCAAUUACUCUAUGUCGCGAAAUUGAUUCACUUAUUGCUAAUUUCUGGUGGGGUAAUAAUUCAGUAGGGGGGAAUAAAAUUCAUUGGAAGCGUUGGGAGCUGAUGGGUUUAUCUAAGGCAGCUGGAGGGAUGGGGUUCAAAAACCUAGGUUAUUUCAAUGAUGCUAUGCUUGCUAGGCAAGCCUGGAGGAUUAUUUGCAACCCGGGUGCCUUAUGGGUCCAAAUUCUUAAAGGUUUAUAUUUUCCUGAUUGCAGCUUUUUGGAGGCUCAAAAAGGAGGCCGUGCUUCGUGGGCUUGGUCAAGCAUUCUAGUGGGACGGGAUAUCAUUCUUUCUGGAGCUCAUUGGCAGAUUCUAAAUGGAUCUUCUACCUCAAUUUGGGCUGAUAAAUGGAUCCCAGGUAUCCCAGGUGGUUAUUUGCGACCUUGUCUCCCUGUUCCUGUGGAUGCUCCUGUCAAGGUGUGUGAGUUAAUUGAUUGGAAUCAUGGAGUUUGGAAUUUGUUACCCAUUGCUCAUCUUAUCUCCCAACAUGAGCUUAAUGCUAUUUCGGCUAUUCCGAUCGGGGGGUCUGUUUCUGGUGACCGGCUGGUUUGGCCAUGGGUCAAGUCCGGUAACUUUACUGUGAAGUCGGGCUAUAAUUGGAUUGUGAAUCAAAACAUCAGGUGUCCCUUGGCUAAUGCUCAAUCUUCACAUACCAUUUCUCUUGAUACUUGGAAGAUCAUUUGGGAGUCCAAAACCCUUCCGAAAGUGAAACAGUUUCUUUGGCGAGCGGUCUCUAAUAUUCUCCCUUCCUUCUUAAAUCUCUAUAAGCGUAGGUUGUCCACUUCGCAUUUAUGUCCUAUUUGUUUGGAGAGUCCUGAAUCAAUUGAACAUAUGCUGGUCCUUUGUCCUUGGACAGCGUGUGUUUGGUUUGGAAGUGCAAUUGGCUAUCGCGUGGAUUUGCAAAAUUUUACUUCUUUGGAUAGAUGGUUGGGCAGUCUCUUGAGAGGGGAGAGUAUGUUUUCACCCAAUUCUAGGUGGAUUUUGUCAGUUGUUGCUUUCACUUGUUGGCAUAUUUGGAAGGCUCGAUGUAAAUUUGUUUACAAUGAUAUCCCAAUUGUGCCUGCAGCUACUAGAUCUCGUGCUUGUUUGGCUGUGUCGGAAUUUUGGAAUGUUACCAAGAAGCCAGUUCUUGGGUCUGUGGGUAUGCCUAUUCAGAUUUCUUCUCCUCAUCCUUCUCAUUGGCUACCCCCCAUUUCUUCUUAUGUUAAGAUUAAUACUGAUGGUUCUUGGAAGUCUGGUUCUGCUAUGGCUGGAGUUGGAGUUAUUAUUCGGAAGAUUGCUGGUUCUUGUAUUGGGGGUCUUGCUGCUCAGGUGCGGGCCCAAUCUCCACUUAUGGCUGAAGUUUUGGCCCUGAAACAUGGUCUUUUGAGAGCUAAAGAGUUGAAUUUGGUUAAUGUUGUGGUGGAAUCUGAUUCUCAAGUGGCUAUUAAUUCUGUUCUGGGGGAUGUUUCUUCCUCUAAUUGGGAGUUGUAUCCUAUCCUUAAGGAUAUUAGGUUUCUUAAAGCCUCUUUCACAAAUCUGAAUUGGGCAUGGGUGCCCCGUGAAGCGAACCGGUCUGCGGAUGCCGUUGCCUCGCUUGCCAGGAAGGGGAUGUGCUUGGAGUCGUGGCUUGUGCGACCUCCAUCCUUUCUAGUUCAUAUUUUAUCUCGGGAUGGUCUUCCUUGCCCUCCGCCUGGUGCUUAA